AUGACUGGUAGAAAUGAUCGUGCGAUUGCUGAUGCUCUUCAAACAUUAGCACAAGCUAUGAAUAAUAACAAUAGGGAUGGAGUCGCUCCUAACUGGUUGGAGCAAUUUCAACGAAAUCACCCACCUACCUUUAAAGGAGGAUAUGACCCAGAUGCUGCUAUGAAUUGGCUAACGGAGAUUGAGAAGAUCUUCAACGUUAUGGAUUGUCCCCUCGCUCAGAAGGUGAAGUUGGCCACCUUCAUGUUGACUACUGAUGAUGCUCACUUUUGGUGGGAAGGAGCACUUCGGAGGAUGAUUGAUGGAGGGGUGCACUUGAAUUGGGACAACUUCAAGAAGGCUUUUCUCGAAAAAUAUUUCCCGGAUGAUGUGAGGAGUCGGAAAGAAAUGGAAUUCCUUGAACUGAAUCAAGGGAACGAAACAGUGUCAGACAACUUGUAA